UCAACUGUCAUAUUCACAUGUACUUAGUUUAUGUUGUGUGUUCAUAACUUCAUAGGUUGUGUUACAAACUGAAACUCAAUAAAUAAAUAUAAUUUUGUGCUACACUACAGUGCUGUUCACUUAGAACAUGGCUAACUUAUUAUUAAGUCCUUCGGAAAAAGUAUUUAUUCUUCACGGCGUACAAGAUGAUUACCGUUCAGAUGGCCGAUCAAACAUAGAUUACAGGCCUAUGGAGUUAGAAACCGAUGUAGUCAGCCAUGCAAGUGGAUCAGCCAGGCUUCGCUUAGCAAAUACAGAUAUACUUGUUGGUGUGAAAACAGAAAUUGAUGUACCAAAACCUGACAAACCAAACAUGGGAAAGAUAGAAUUCUUUGUAGAUUGCUCUGCAAAUGCAACCCCAGAAUUUGAAGGUAGGGGAGGCGAACAGCUUGCUAACAGCAUAGCAAACCUCAUGCAGCGAGCCUAUCACUCCUCACAAGCAUUUGAUCUCAAGCAACUGUCCAUCUUAGAGGGAAAACAGUGUUGGAAGCUGUACAUUGAUGUUUUGAUUCUUGAAAGUGGUGGCAACCUGUGCGAUGCAGUUUCCUUAGCCGUCAAAGCGGCGUUGUUCAACACCAGGAUUCCUCUCGUAAAGGCAGCAUUGAUGGACGGAGGAAAUGUAGACUUGCAGCUGUCUGACGAUCCCUAUGAUAGUAAACUCUUAAAUGUUGGAAGUGCACCACUCUUGGUAACCUUAUGCAAAAUCGGAGACAAAUGCGUUGUAGACCCGUCAGCCGAAGAAGAAAGCUGCAGCGUUAUCUCCCUCUUAGUUGGAGUCUCGGGUAACCGCCGACACUACAGCACGGAAGCCCUGGAGGCUCCUAAAGGCGGCAAGUGCACCACAAUAGCUAUGAACGGCCCGGGCAGCGUGGCGCCGAAGACGCUCAAGGAUGCCAUCAACCAAGGAAUAAUUGCUGCCAAAUCUCUAGAUGAAGCUUUAGGAGACGCGCUUCUACGAGAGCGAAAGGAAACUAUCGGCCUAAAAAAGCAUUCCUAUGGAUUUCUCAAAUAAAAUCUUAAUUUUAAAAGGUUUUUUUUUUAAACUACUUAUUCCCAUAUGCCUUUAUUUAAUUAAGUAUUACAUUCAGAUACAUUUUUGUAAUCUAUAAUUAACAUUAACCCUUAACAAUAGCAUCACACUUUAGAUAUCACAUCCUUUCCUGUCUAGUAAUGUAGGCCAUGCCAGUCUUUUCUUCCCUCACAUUCACAUCUAGUUCAUUAAGUCCCCGGUAAGCUUGGCCGAAUUUCACCUUCCCAAUCAAACGGAGCAUCCUUCUCAUUUUCAAAUUACGCGUUGGAUUGUAAUGAAACUUUGCUGCAGUGGCUACACCUGACGCGUUGGAUUGUAAUGAAACUUUGCUGCAGUGGCUACACCUGAAAGGCUUCUCCUCUGUGUGAAUCGUCAGGUGCUUCCAUAAAUGUGCUUUUCUUCUACACUUGUAGCCACAAGCUACAACUGAAAGGCUUCUCGUCUGUGUGAGUCAUUAGGUGAGUCCGUAAAUUUGAUUUCCUACUACUCUUGUAGCCAGUGAUUACACCCGAAAGGCUUUUCACCUGUCUGUAUAAUCAUGUGAGCGUUUUUAUAGUUUUUUGCCCCCGUGUAGUUUUUUUUUGAUUUGAUGUCUAUCUAAUUCUAAA